AUGGCAACGCAACCUCGUCUCAAGCUCGCCCUCAUCGGCCUUGGUCGUCUAGGCGCCAUUCGAGCGCGCAUACUUGCACAUCAACAGCCACGAAUCGAGCUGGUAGCUGUUUGCGACACGAAGCCUGGCGCUGGAGAGUGGGCAGUAUCCAAUCUUCCAUCCACUGUCAAGUUCUACGAUGAUCCUGAGGAAUGCAUGAAGAGUAGUGGUGCAGAGGCUGUUUUAAUCUCAACUGCAACUGCCACCCAUGCGCCGUUGAUAUGCAAGGGUCUCGAUCUAGAUCUUCAUGUGAUGUGCGAGAAGCCCAUCUCGGUGGAUGUCAUAACUACCGAAGAAGUCCUAGCGAAAGCUGCGGCUAAACCUCAUCUGAAAUUUCUUGUGCCCUUUUGCCGGCGAUAUGAUGAUUCCUACCGUUCUGCAAGGACCUUGGUUGAGAGCGGUUCACUCGGUGAUAUCCACGCUGUGGAAACAACCUGUCUUGACCAACAAGACCCAACUGGUUUCUUCGUUUCAUUCUCAGCACAGUCUGGAGGAAUAUUCGUCGAUAUGGGCGUUCAUGAUAUCGACAUCGGACGCUACUUUUUAAACGUCAAAUCCGGGCUCCAAAACCCUAAAAAGCAGGUCAACCGAGUGAUAGCCAUGGGCCAGCAAGCUGUCUACGGUGACCUGGCAAAAUACGGCGAUUGCGACAAUGGAUGGGGGCUUGUUGAAUUUGCGAACGGCAAAAUUCUCACAACCCAUGUGGGUCGUACACUUAGAAAUGGCUUUGAAGGAAUGACACGCGUUUGUGGCACGAAAGGCCACUCAAUAAUCAACGGCAACUCGACGAUGGACCGUGUGGAGAUCCGUGACCAGCAUGGUGUGCGCACAGCUACGACUCCGGAUGCUUUCGUCCUCUAUGAUAGAUCGUUCAUCAACGAUCUUUCUGAGUUUUCGGAGGCCAUUCUUGACGGGAAAGCCCUUACGUGCACCCCAGAAGAUGCUUACGAAGCAGCGAAGAUUGCGACCGCAUUACAAUACUCCUUUCGAAACAAUGUACCUGUUUACUUCGACGAUAACGGUUCGCCUAUCAUGGAAUCCACCAAAAUCAGUGAUCACUAA